AGAGAAUUGACUUUGGUGCUAGAGAAAUAGAGAGGGAGAUUGAGAGAGGGAGAAGCCAAGAGAAUCUGCAACUUGUCUUCAAUGAGAGAAGGAAGGCCAAUGGAAAUUGAUCUGUCCCUGAAGAUAGAUGAUGAAGGAGAAGGAGAUGGAGAAGGAGAGGAAGAAGCAGAAGGAGAAGAAGGAGAUGAACAAGUGCAACGAGAAGAUCAACAAAAGGAAAAGGAAACAGGUCAUGUAGAAGAUAAAGGAGAAGAUGUGGAAGCUGCUUCAUCUGUUGAAGAGAACUUGAAGACGGAAGAGUUAUGUGUGUUACAGAUGGAGAUGAAUCGAAUGAAAGAGGAGAACAAAGUGUUGAGGAAGGUAGUAGAGGAAACAAUGAAAGAUUACCGUGAUCUCCAAAUGAAAUUCGCUCUUAUUCAACAGAAUAAGCAAAACAAGGAUCUCCAAAUCUCCCUCUCCCUCCAUGGCAAGGACAGAAAUCUUCAAGAUCCCAGGAGGAUUUCCAAAGUCUUGAAUAUCAAUGACCAAAUCCUUCCAUCAUCACCCGAGGACAACGAAGAGAGCGAAUUAGGGCUGUCUUUGAGGUUGAAACCCAAUACAAGAGAAGAAAGAGAGGAAGAUGGAGAAGCAAAUAAGGAAGAAACUGUAAGCUUUACACCCAUACCAAAUAGGCUACCUAGGACUGACUUGGCUGCAAUCAAAAGCCACGCUGCUUCCCCACCCAACAGAAAAGCUAGGGUUUCAGUCAGAGCAAGAUGCCAAACAGCCACAAUGAACGAUGGCUGCCAAUGGAGAAAAUAUGGGCAGAAAAUCGCGAAAGGAAACCCUUGCCCACGAGCCUACUAUCGUUGCACCGUUGCCCCAGGAUGCCCAGUUAGAAAACAGGUUCAAAGAUGCUUAGAGGACAUGUCAAUACUCAUAACCACCUAUGAAGGAACACAUAACCAUCCACUCCCUGUGGGUGCAACAGCGAUGGCUUCAACAACUUCUGCAGCAGCCUCCUUCAUGUUAGUAGAUUCAAGCAAUCCUCUUUCAGAAGCCUCCCUUUCUUACCCUAAUUCCCAUUUCAUAAACCCGGGUUCUUCAUCAUCGAUGAUCAGAAGCAUAAACCCUAAUGACCCUUCUAAAGGGAUUGUCCUUGACCUCACCAACACUACCCCUUCUGAUCCACAACAAUUCCCACUGCAAAGCUCCUCACACUCAUCCGCCCAAUUAGGUUUCAGUUGGAUGCCUAGCAAACCAAGCUACCAUAGUGGUGGUAGUACCAAUAUUGCCAACAAUCUUUUUCCUAACCCUAGAGCAGCUGAAGAAGACAGGUCCAUAGCUGAAAAUGUGACUGCAAUCACUUCCAAUCCCGACUUUAGGGUUGCGGUUGCGGCUGCAAUCACUUCCUUCAUCAACAAAGAAAGCCAUACGAGUACUCACACCACAGGGCCUCCAUUUGCUAACCCAAGGGAUGGCGAGGGUGGUGGUGGGUCUAGUGGCAACAACUGGGUUCUUGAAUCUCUCCCUGCUAGUGUUAAGCCCUACCGGCAUUCACCAUGAAUUGAAUCAUAUAUAAUUUGUUUAAGCACAGAUUGAAAGAUACAGAUAGAUUGUGUAAUAUCAUUUUUAUCUUCUCUAGGUUUGAUCUCUGCUCAAUAAUAUAUAGAAUGGCCUCUAAUUU